AUGAAAAUGUCAGACUUCGAACGGAUAAGGCUAGUGAUCCUGGGCGGGGCGGGCGUCGGCAAGAGCUGCAUCAUCAAGCGGUUCCUGUUCAAAACGUACUCGGACAAGUACCGGCCCACGGUGGAGGACCUGUACAACCGGGAGUACGACCUUGGUUCGGUGACACUCAAGGUCGACAUCCUGGACACGUCCGGCGAGAUGCAGUUUCCGGCGAUGCGGCGCCUCUCGAUUGCGACGGCCCACGCCUUCCUGCUGGUGUACGCGACCACGUCCGAGGCGAGCCUGGGCUGCAUCAAGCAGUGCUUCGAGGAGAUUCGCGAGCAGCGCGCCGACUUCCAGGACAUUCCCAUGGUGAUCGUCGGCAACAAGUACGACCUGACCGCGUCCCACCGGGAGGUGCGCAUCGAGGACGUCUCGGAGUGGGUCUUCUGCGAGCUGCCAAAGUUGAAGGUAAAGGUGCUGGAAUGUUCGGCCAAGGACGAUUACAAUAUCAUGGAAAUUUUUCGAACGUUUGUGUCACUGUCCCGCAUCCUGCCGGCGAACGGAAGUGCCGAGGCGGGCACCGGCCUCAAGCGCCGCUCGUCCGCCUACGUCAGUGCCAGCAGCAAAGCAAAAUCGAGAAUCGGAAGUCCGUCCAUUGGAGGUUGUGAGAAACCCAAAGAGGCGUCGUUCCUGGCCGCAUCCACGUCGGAGGGUACCAGCAGCGGUGGGGGAAGUUCGAGCGGUGCAGGAAGUACUGGUGAUGCCAAGUCUAAGCCACGAUCAAGAUCACUCAUCCGAAGAUCGUCGAGGAAAACGAAGCAACAGAUCCAGAACGCAUCCGGUGCGGAGGACUGCAAUAUUCAAUAA